GCUGUUGUCAGCUGCGACUUGACGCUGGGAAAUUGGCCCGAGACUCUUAAAGCUGCAACGAAAUUGGUGCCGAUUAGCAUAAGUGUGGAUUCGCAAAACGAGACAGACAUGCAAGCUGCGAGAGAAGGAGAUGGCGGCUGUACCACCCUCGGAGAGUCCUUUCUUCCCAUCACUACGGCUUCCAUGGAGAAAUAGGAUUCGUACGCUAUGCAUGUAACAAGGCCCAAGUCUGCCAAAGGUCGCAGCCGACCUGCCCUCCACUGCACCCAGAGUGUGCACACCGUUUCCCAGCAUGGUUCCCCCCUGACACCCAGGCCUCCUUCCAAUACACGCGAAAGGGCGGGGAGUUCCCUCAGCUCUGCGACUCAAGCGAGACGGGGCAGUCUGGUGAAGACCGAGGAGAUCCCAGAGCUCCUGCAGGUGCUCCCCGCUCAACCGACGUCGUCGCUGAACAGGUACAGAGUGCUUCCUUCGAUCGAGAAGAAGGAGGAGGAGUCCGGAGACAUGGCCACUCAAAGCUUAGUGGACAAAACCACCAGGUUGAGCAUGUCGGAUGAUCUCAUCAUAAAGGCCAAGAACAGUCACGUGGAACAGCAGCGCCUUUCCUCUGCGCACAGGAGGGGGGCGUCCAGAAGCACGCCAGAAAUGACCGCCCCUGCAGAAGCAAGGGGUUCUCGAGGUCAGAAGAGGCAGCCAGUCGGCGGACACUCGGAGACAGGCGGGUCCCCGCUGGACAGAGAACAAAACCUGCUUCUUGCCGUGCGAUCUCCGUCUGGAGAGAGAUUUCAGCAUCUCUUCCGUCCCUCGGACACCCUUCAGACAGUCAUAGCAACCGCGGAGGCCGAGCACGGAACCAGCUACGAAGGUGGGAUCAUCGAGACCAUGGAGGUACCCAGAAGGAGCUUCCACAACUUAUCCCUAACUUUGGAACAGAGCGGUAUCCGCAACAGGACAGUGCUGUGCGUCUCCCAGAAAGCAGACCAUUCAGCGGGUUCUGCAUAAUCGUGCCACACCGAUACAGCUUGAAUCAGUGCAUGACUUAACUAACCCACCAGAGCACUGCGGUUGUAUUGUUUUGGUUUCUAAGAAAGUUGAAUCAUCGUCGAUUCAGUUGGGUAUUUUUUUUUUUACGUCAAAUGAAAAAGACCAUAAUUUCCUUUCAUUUGCUUGUUGCAAUCAAGAUUUUAUGAAACCUUUCACAGGACCUUAAUGUAACAGUUCUUCAUUUCUACAGUAACUGCAGUACUUCACAAUUACAAUUAAGUUGUAUUUGCUUACCUCUUC